AUGCAAGCCACCAUAUCCCCUCCCAGUCGAGGCUCGCAGAUGUCUCCCGUUUCGACCGCAGGCAGCGAAUGGUCUGGCGUCAACACCUACAACCAACUGCCACGGAAUGAUGGGCCAUACGCCGCAUAUAACCCUGCUGGGGAUGAAUACCCCCAGUCCAGACAACUGCCAUUCCGUCCUCCACCCGCUGGGAACAUGAACUAUGGGCCCGGCUCGUUCGAACCCAUGGGACAACCGCGCCCAUCAGAUACCGCUUCUCGAGGUUCAUCACGCACCGGAUCCAUUGCGAACUCUCGAUCAAGCGACGGCACAAUUGCGGACGAGCAUAGUAGAAAGUACAAAAGAAUGGAGGCGGAGCUGUUUCAGCACUACACUGUCCUAAAGGGGUAUCUGAAAGGAGCUGCGCAGGCGCCUCCGCGCCCCAACAAGGCGCGGGAUAAACUAUUACGCCUGUCGCCUGUUCAAUUUCACGAGUUGAGUACGGAUGUUUUUGACGAGCUACAAAGGAGACAAGCAUCAGCUCCUCUCCCGGGCCGCCCGCCGCGGCAACAGAACGUCCCACCCUUUCUACAGCCACGACCUGAUUUCCAUGAAAAGCGCAAUCAAGCCAGACAGAAAUUGUCCACUCUCCAAGCCCCAAGAUUCAGGGAUCUGUCGACGGAUGUCUUCUGCGAGCAGGAACGAAGAUUUCCCCAUUUCGCAAGACCUGACGGCGCUAGACGGGACAGUUCUCGGUCUCAAUCAAAAGGGCCAACCCCCAGUGGUUCGCGAGACGGACCUAACAGCUUCUCAGGGCCACCAAGGUCCCAAUCCUUUGGCAUGUCCGGCCCGCUAGGUUAUCAGCAGAGGCAGAAUUCCGUGACAAAUGUUCCCCAGUUUGACAACCCACCGCCGUCGAGUGACUAUGGUCGACCGAUGGCCAAGCAAUUCCAAAGCAAUACCAUUACUCCCAAUAAGAGCGUGAUGGUCGAAGACGAGGAUGACACACAGGCCACAGAUUCGAGAUAUGACCGUUCUAGUGACGCCUUUGGUCUGGAAAGCUCUCUCACGAGCCCCAGGAGCGACCGGGAUACUUCGGUCACUUCUCAGAGUGGAGCGAGCCUGCCUUCCAACCCAAAGCCUAAUCCGCCCGCAGUGACCGAAUUGCAAGAUAAGGUGGCGGAGCUGGAAGCCAAGCUGGAGUCAAAGGAUGACCAACUCCAGGAAUUGGUCAACCAAAGUGAUGAGUGGGCGUCCAUAAAGCGGAGUCUUGAGGAGAAGGUCGAACAGGCUGAAACCCUCAACAAAUCUUUGAAGGAGGAAAUCGAGAAAUUGAAGACCGAGGAACCCCAUUCCAGCGGAGAAAAUGUCCUGUGGAAAACCAAGUACUUGCAGCUCGAUCAUAACCACGGGAUUUUGCAAGAGCAGUUGGCGCAACAGAGGGAACUGACUGAGGAAGUCGGACGGCAAGGCCAGCUUUAUCUCGAGGAAAUGAGGGCCAUGGCAGAAUCCGGAGGAAGCAACUUUGAACGAGAAGAUCAAUUGCAGACAGAGAUCCACAAACUUCAAGAAGAGGUGAAAGAAUGGAAAGCCCGAUACGUCAAGGCCAAAACACAGCUCCGCAGCGUUCGCACGAGUUCCUUAGGACUAAAUAUCCCGCGGCUGGAUGCUAGUCGAAAUGCAGGUGUGCUUCAGGAUCGUGAUGGACUGGUAAAGGACAUUCAUGUCACCAAGUUUCAAAUCUCAAUUGAUGAAUUGCUCCGCAUUGCCCGAUCUGACACUCCUCAAGCUGUCCUCGACCACAUGAAGACGGUGGUAUUGGCUGUACGCGGCAUUACGUCCGAUAUCGAUGCAGGAGCAUCGCCAGACAAGGAUGAUGAACUAUCCAAGAAACGGACCAAGCUGAAGAGCAAAGUGUCAGCUACAGCGAACAAUCUUAUCACGGCGUCCAAGAACUUUGCGUCGGCCAAUGGACUCUACCCUGUCAGUCUUGUGGAUGCCGCUGCGUCGCACCUCACGGCGGCUGUUGUCGAUCUCCUGCACACGGUCAAGAUCCGUCCCAGCCCUGAUGGGGAGCUAGAAGAUGAGGACGAUAGCACCCUGGAGCCUCUGCAAAGUAACGGAUAUUUCAACAUUGCCGAGAGUUUAAGACGGAGGAGUGCUAUUGAAAGUGUAUACAGUGCCUUGAGCACUCCGUCCGAUGUGCGAAAUGGUCCGAACCAGGCGGUCUCGAACUCCCAUCAACGAGGAGGGUCAAACUACAUGAAUGGUACCGGGCUUGGAAUCAAGGCCGGUUAUGCGACGAGCCCAGAGGCAGCCGAUCUCGAGGAUCUCAAGAUGUACCUCGAAGAUCAGACUGAUGGUUUGGUCGAAUCCAUUACCGCUAUGGUGGAUGCCAUCCGCAAUGAUGAAGCCAUGCCAGCAAUUCGUAACCACAUUACCACUAUUGCUAGGACGAUCGAGAAUAUUGUGGGUGCGGUGGAGCGAACGGCGAAUGAGCCAUACUCGUAUCAGUCAACGUUGAGCGACAAGUCUCAUACAAGCGCAACGAUGUUGCAAGGGUGUCGAGAACAGUUGCUGAAGGCCUACUCAGAAUCGGCCGCGUACGACAAUCAGCCAGAGAGCAAGGAGUUCACGCAGAAGUUGCCGCCGAUGGCAUUCCAGAUUGCUCGGGAGACCAAGGAACUCGUGUCAAGGAUCAUGGCCAUUGAAGUUGGACGUCCCGACGAUGAUUUCAGCUGA